UAAUAUACGUGAAAAAGGUUCGUUACGCAUGGAUAUUUAUAGGAUAGGUGCAUAAUACUUGUGGUUGGGCUGCACGAUCACCGCCGUAAACGUGUUUACAAUUAUUACAGAUUGGACAUAUGUGAAGAUAUUUUUUUAUGACAUAACAGAAUUAGAAUAUAAUUUGAAGAUUCAACAAGACAACAAACAGUCAAGAUGGUUUUAGCUGAUUUAGGAAGAAAGAUUACUUCAGCCUUGAAGUCGCUGAGUAAUGCUACUAUUAUUAAUGAAGAGGUUUUAAAUGAUAUGUUAAAAGAGAUCUGUAAAGCCUUGUUAGAAGCUGAUGUAAAUAUUAGACUAGUCAAAGCGCUCAGAGAAAAUGUCAGGUCUGUUAUAGAUUUUGAUGAAAUGGCUGGAGGUUUAAAUAAACGAAGAAUGAUACAAUCUGCUGUUUAUAAAGAAUUAGUCAAGUUGAUUGAUCCAGGUGUGAAGGCAUGGCAACCAUCAAAAGGAAAGAGUAAUGUUAUUAUGUUUGUAGGGUUACAAGGCAGUGGUAAAACUACCACCUGUACUAAGUUAGCUUAUUAUUACCAGAAGAAAGGCUGGAAGACAUGUUUGAUUUGUGCUGAUACUUUCCGUGCUGGAGCCUUCGAUCAGCUGAAACAAAAUGCAACCAAAGCAAGAAUUCCCUUUUAUGGAAGUUAUUCCGAGUCCGAUCCUGUUGUGAUUGCUCAAGAAGGUGUUGAUAAAUUUAAAGAUGAGAAUUUUGAGAUAGUGAUUGUUGAUACGAGUGGUCGACACAAACAAGAAGAUUCUUUAUUUGAAGAAAUGUUACAAGUUCAUCAGGCUGUUAACCCAGAUAAUGUUGUGUUUGUUAUGGAUGCCUCUAUUGGUCAAGCUUGUGAAGCUCAGGCUCGAGCUUUUAAAGAUAAAGUUGAUGUAGCGUCUGUUAUUAUAACUAAAUUAGACAGUCACGCCAAGGGUGGUGGAGCUCUCAGUGCUGUUGCUGCUACAAAGAGUCCCGUAAUAUUUAUUGGAACAGGAGAACAUAUAGAUGAUUUUGAACCGUUUAAAGUUCAACCAUUUGUUAGUAAAUUAUUGGGUAUGGGAGAUAUUGAAGGAUUGAUUGAUAAAGUUAAUGAAUUAAAAUUAGAUGAUAAUGAGGAAUUAAUGAAGAAGUUAAAACAAGGUCAGUUCACUUUACGAGACAUGUACGAACAGUUUCAGAAUAUUAUGAAGAUGGGGCCCUUCAGUCAAAUCAUGGGUAUGAUCCCGGGAUUUAGUCCUGAUUUUAUGUCAAAAGGUACAGAACAAGAAUCAAUGGCUAGAUUGAAGAAACUGAUGACGAUGAUGGAUAGCAUGAACGAUGCAGAAUUAGACAGUAUAGAAGGAGAGAAGUUGUUUUCCCGUCAACCGAAUCGUGUACAGAGAGUCGCUAGAGGUUCAGGUGUAUCUAUAAAAGAAGUCAAUGAUUUGUUGAGUCAGUAUAAAAAAUUCGCUCAGAUGGUGAAGAAGAUGGGAGGAAUAAAAGGCUUAUUUAAAGGAGGAAAAGGUGGAGAUAUUAGUAAAAAUGUUAAUCCAGCUCAGAUGGCGAAACUCAAUCAACAAAUGGCCAAGGUCAUGGAUCCUCGAGUUCUUCAACAAAUGGGUGGUAUGCAAGGUCUACAGAAUAUGAUGAGACAAUUUCAACAGGGUGCUGCAGGAAAGAUGGGCAAUAUGUUUAACUGAUGACGUAUCAGUACUAUAGUUAAUAUCAUCAUCGCGUUAACAUCAUCAUCGUUACUAGUCAUGUGGGAUUAAUAAGUAACCAAUCACUGACAAUACUAUUACAGUGUCUCCAGUCCCUUUCAUUCUGUCACGUACAAACAAAUUUGGCUUUAUGUUGUUUUUAUGGACAAUUUUAAUGCAUGUCACAAACAGUUAAAAAAAAUUGUCUGUCAUGUCUUGCCACAUGGCUGGAUGAAUUUGAAUUUGUUAUUUUCAGUUUCAAGCCGGUUAAGAUACGAUUUGGACAUUUUGAUUACUAACCUAGUGGCUUAAGACUGGGCUUUUGAAAAGUUGCUACUUGAUAAUCGAGUACCGUGGACCUAGACAUCAGCACUCAAACUGAUAAACAUUACAGCUGGGGAAUUGAUGGCUUGUGUUGCGGGCACUACAGCGUUGCUUUCUUGGUUUAUCGCCUCGUCUUGCGAGCAGUGUUUGUCUGUUCUUGUCGUGUUCAGGGGAUUAUGGGUAAAUAUCACACAUGACUAGUUACGAUAUCUAUUGUUAAUAUGGAAAUCAUCUUGGUAUAUAAAUAGUUGAUGGUUACCACGGCAACCAGUAAUAUACAUUUAUUUUGGUAUUUAAGAUGAAAAAUGUAUGGAAAUAUUUAGUACAGAUUGUUUAACUGAAUGCGAAUAACACAAGUUCAAAAUUUAUUUCUGGUGAUGUUUCAAUGAGGGUCAAUUUGAUUAAAACACAGAUCUUAUUUCGUUUCGUUUUUUAUAGUUCAAAAUUUUGUUUUACUUGUCUUUACUACACUAGGAUCUGGAAGAGUUGUUAUAUAAGCCGCGUUGUGUAUGGUGUGAGGGAUUAGCCAAUGAAAUGGUCUGUUACGGCGAGUGUUUGGCAUGAGGUGCACAGAACUUUAGGAAAACAACUAGAAACGUCAACACUGAUUGAUUAAUCAAAUGUCUGAUGUCAUAGGAUCGAAAGCCGCUCGUGUGGCACGUGACGCGACCUUUCACUAAAACUGGUCAGAUCUUCAUGUAGUGGAGGCCAUUGAAAUAAUUCAGAAAACGAAAUGAAAUAUAGAUCCGUAUUUUAAUCAUUCUUUGCUUGAUAAAGACGGGAGAAACCAUGUCGUAACGUCGCCAGAAAUAAACGUUUUAAGUAACUUGUAUUCAUUGUGUUAUUAUCAGUUUAAAACAACUAUCAAAAUUUCUUUUCCAGACUUUCUGUUUCUCGAAAUAUUAGUUUCGAAUUUUAAGGACAGAAAGAAAGAAACCUAAAACUUGUAACUGUUAAAAAAAAAUUCCCAAUUCUCUGAUUUUUAGUUCUGGCCAUCGUUUGUCGGCUAUUUCAUCUUUUAUAUCCUCAGGUUUUCGGAGCACUUUCACAAACCAGUUUUCAACAGCAUGUAGAUUCUAUCUGUUCAAAGAUCACCCCAUUAUUACGAGUCAGUCAAAUAUAUCUGACUGUAUUUUAAAACAAUUAUCAAAUCUAUCUACUUGGUAUUUUAGCUCCUUUACUAAGAUCAAUAUAUGACAGUCCCAAAACUUGUCUUUAUGGCAGGAUCUCACUGUGAAAGUGCACUGAAAACCCAUGCCCCAUGCAGAUAAGACAAUAACAUAAAUAUAUGACGUUAAUAACUAUAUUAUUGUUGUUUUUGAAAAACGGUGAUUUUCAGAGUAAUCGUGAAGAGUGAUAGAGCGUUCAGUGUGAAUGAUUCCUAAGAAAAAUGUUAAUUUUUUUAUUGUUUCUAAUUAUUUAAUAUUCAGACUAAAGUCAAUCUUUAUUGUAUGUAGAAUCCAUUUGGGUUUUUUUUUAUUGUAUGUAGAAGCCAUUUAUUUUUUAGCGUAUUCAAAGUUAACUACUGUUCAGAAAAAAUUUCAGUGUUUGGGAGUCAAAAGUUUAUAUCCGGCAUAUUUUAAAAAAUAAUAUUCUUAUGCACCUUUUUGUCUAGUUCCCAUAAUUCUAAGCCAAUAAAAAGGGGUUUUAUAGAUAUUUUUUCAAAAUGUUUUACAUCGAUUGAUUUGAUUCCCAAAAAUAUUAAGAGCGAAAAAUGGCUCUCCUGAACAAUUUUGUAAAUGUCAGAUAUAACCCUUUAAAUUUUCAAACAUUGGAUACAAUUAAUUUAAAACCCUUUAAAUCAGCAGUAACGAUAUGAUAUACUAGCAUGUUGUUUUUGUUAUUACUGAAAGAAAAAAAAAUUACAGAGAAAAAUGAAUGGUAAAAUAUAUUAAGAGUAUAAAAUUUUGAACAAGUUGGAUCUAAUUGUUGUGUUUUUAUGUUUAACAAAUACUGAGUAUCUGUACUUCACUCGACUUCAUGUUUGUAAUCUUGUUUAACAGAGUAUCUGUACUUCCCUGUUUGUAAUCAUGUUUAACAAAUACUGAGUAUCUGUACCUUCCCUGUUUGUAAUCAUGUUGAAAGAAAGCUGGUGAUGGCUUUCAUUACAUGUAUCUGAUAAUCUUUGUUUUAUGUAUGGUUAUUCCACAGGGACUUGUACUAAUUGAAGGGUUCUUGUUAUACCACAGGGACUAAUUGAAGGGUUAAUAUUGUUGCCAGAUUUUUCAUCCGGGGUUAAUGCAUGUAAAUUUAUUAAUUUGUAUGUGUUCUCAAAGCGUUUAUUUACCAGUGAAAACAAGAAACACUGUUUAUUUCAAAUUUAUGAAUAGCAUCAUACUCUUCAGACCUGGCAUUGUUCUAUUAACAGGCGUUUCUCAAACAGGUAUCCUGUAUACAGGUAUUUAUUAAUCAGUCGAUUGUGUCAAGUCCCUGUGGGUUGAUAUUUGUUGAUGUAUAAAUAGAUCAUUUGUAAAUAAAAGUAAAUUAAAAUC